UUUGGCUUCAGCGCAGCUGCGAGUCGCGAUGCAGCUGCAGCCCCGCCAUGGCGGCAUGGGGGCCGCGACCUUGCGGCUUCUCCUGCUUCUGGCAGCGGCAGAGUCUGCCGCAUACGGCGGCGCUCCGGGUGGCGCGCCCUUGCGCCGCGUGAGCUCCCAGGGCGCCGAGCCGACCACAGUGGAGGGCGUGCUCGAGCUGUUCGGGCUGCCUGGGGACCCCGAACUGCUCCGCGGCGAGCUGCGGGCGCGGCUGCGGGGGAUCCCCGCCGUGCCUUCGUGGGUGGGCCCCGCGCUGGAGUCCAUGCAGUGCUACGCCUGCUCCAGCGAAGCGUGCCCCAGCGGCCUGAGCAUGAGGCCCAGUUCCAUGUUACCCUCCGCGCAAGCCUGCGAGCCACCAGACCAGAUGCAAUGCUGCGAAACCACCACCUCGUCCACCACUUCCACUACAUCGGCCACAUCAUCGACGUCCACCUCCAGCACCACCACCCGCACAACAAGCACGCUUAGCACCACGACGUCUACGACAGUGACCACUACAAGGACCACGACUUCGACCUCGACCACCACGACCACCUCGACCACACCCUUCGGCGGCCCGUUUGACUGCACAGCCGAUUUUGAAGAUCUCGCCACAGCUUGGUCUGGUUGGAAGCUACAGUGGUGCUGCGAGAACGAAGGCAUGGGAUGCCCGACGGAGACGGCCACUUCCACGGUUGUGACAGAAACGCUUACAAGCCGGACUGCAACAUCAAUCACGACCGUCUCCACGACGAGCGCCUCUUCCUCGACGAGCGUGUCCCAAACCAUGACCACAACGUCAGUUACCACCUCCACUGUUUCCACGAGCAGUUUCACCGUAGAGUCGGGCUGCCAGUCAGCCAUGGACCAGGAGAGUGCAUGCACGCUGUGGAGCAUGGUGGAGCUUGAGUGGUGUUGCAGGAACAGUGGUUACGGGUGCCCUUUGUAUGAUUGCGAUGCAGGGUUGGAAACUGCGGAGUUUGGAUGGUCCAACCCUAAGAAGAGUUGGUGUUGCACGUGCAUGGACAAGGGGUGUGUCACCUCGACGUUUACAAUGUCGGCCACCACGAAGUCGGACACCAUCACGCGUACAUCGCUGUCGACCACCACGACCAGCACGACCAGCUCGACCAGAAGUACAACCAGUACGACCACCUCGACAACGUCGACCCACAUAUAUUGCGACUGGAGCAACACAACUGCAUGCCCUUGCGGUUCAGUCUGCACUGGUUGUGCCCCCAACGACUUUGACACCAGCGCCUGCUGCGUGGACCGCUGUGGCCUGGAGUUCGCCCUGGGCGAGUUCGGGCUGCCGCUCCGAAGUACGAUCGACCUCCAGCUGCAGCUUGCUGCGAAACUUGACGAUGCUACUCUGGCGGAGGCCACUUGCAACGCGCUGGAUGAAGCUGGCGGCCCCAGCAACUGCACCGCAAACCUGGCCAGCGGGGAGCGCUGCUGGGCCGCCUGCCCCGAUGACAUGAUCGCGGUGGGCUCCUUCUCGUGCCUGGACGGCGUCACCGUCGGUGUCUCCGAGUGCUUCUGGCUGGCGGGGAACAUCUCAGCGGAGGAGACCAACGCGCUCACGUCGGCCGUGCGCGCCACGCUGGACGGCUCCGCCGCCGGCGGCAUCGACGCCGGCUCGGCCGCCCUGUGGCGGGGGGUGCUCGCCGCGGCCUUCGGCGUGGAGCCCUCGGAGCUCGCGAGGCUCGCGGUCUCCGACGGGGGCGCCACGCGGCGGCUCGGCGAGGCAGCUCCGCGGGGAGCGGCCGGCCGCUCCAGCGUUGAGUCGGCGUGCUGGUCGCGUACGAGCUGAUCAUCGCGCGAGCGGCCGACGCGGAUGCCCUGCUGGCUCUGGCGGCAAGCCCGCAGGCCGCCCUGCGGGCGGAGUUCCUCAGGAGCUCCGGGCUGGACCUCGAGGCCGUGGAGGUGACCAGAGCACCGCGCCUGUUCACCACGACCAUCGGAAGGCAAGCCACCACAGAGACCUCGCUAACAUCGACCACGCAGACGGGUACCUCGCUCACAGCGACCCACACCACGGUGACCAUGAACUACGACGCCGCCGUCAGUGGCAUCAACGCCCUGGACGAGAGGGUGCUCUUCUUCGUCGCCAGCCUGGGUGCCUGUGCCGUGACCAUGUUCUGUGUGCUCGUGGUCGCGAUGCUCUGGUGGAGGCACCUGAGCCGCGCGCACGCAGAGGGCGAGGGCUGGGCGUCCCGUGAGCCUCCGGAGGUGGAGCCGCAGGCCGCCGAGCCCGAGGUCGAACCACAGCAGCCCGAAGGAUUUCUCACCGGCACUUUCGAGCGGGCGGGCGACGAGGAGAUCCUGGAGGUCUUCGACGACCGCCCGCAGCGCCGCCGCGACGUGCCCAGCGACUCCGACAGCGACAGCCUCGUCAGCGCCGAGACGGCCGGGAGGGCCUCGGACCCGGACCCGAGCGGCAGCGCCCCGAGGGUGCGGCUGCCCUCGGCGUGCAGCCGCGCCGGCAGCAGCAAGUCCUCGGCGGUGGCCAGGCACAACAAGAUCCCGGAGCCCUGGGAGGAGGAGGGCAGCGCGGGCCGGGCGCCCUCGGCCCAGGCGAUGGAGUACCUGGCCGACGCCUGCAUGCUCUCCCUGCAGAUCUGAGCAGGACGGGGCGUGCUCGCCCAGCCUUGGGUCGGGCAUGUCCCCCUACAGGCAGAUUUUCUGCCGAAGAUAUCAAACAUAUGCAAGCAUGGUCAAGACCAGUCAACCAAUCGUCCUCACAUGACUUCCGGACUAUUUUUGAAUAUUCCUCCUGUAGGGGGACACGCCCGACCUAAGCCCAGCCUCGAGUUCAACAGGUUCUCUUGGCGGACCGGCUCGCUCACGGAAUUAACGGCACUCCGCCGCGGCCGCGGGCGCAGUGCAUUGCACCCAAGUUCCCCCAUUGCUUCUGUGAGGAGGUGCAGGAUAGUAUCCCUUCUUCUUCCCUCCUCUCGCACACACGAUAGCAGUUGCACGGACAGCUUGUGGAAAAUACCACGCUGUGUGAGAGGCUAGACGCCGAAGGCGCCUGCAAAA